CUAAUGCGUAUGAGACUACCUCCGUGCAAGCAUACUGAAUUGAGGAAGGGUCUCUGGUGGUCUCUGGUGGUCGUUUUGAAGUAUAGACCUUCACUCAGUUCACAACUCCCGGUUUGGAUUGCGAUUUGGUACGCAGACUUGUUUAUCUUGUCUGUGCAAGCAGGGCCUGUUAUUCACAACUCGCACAGACCUUCUUAUCUUGUGUUUACAAAGUUGACGCAAAGGGGGCGUGUUCCUUGUUUGCUGACUAAAUGUCUUAAGUCUUUGGUAUAAGGAGGAGAGCCAGGGUCUUCCCAGAAGGGAUUGAAGGGGAGAAUGUAAGUGGGGCUGCCUGGUGCUCGCCAUCCCUGUCGGCUUGCAGCUGGAACAGUUUGCCCAAAAGAUGGCCAGAAUGCCGUGCUGGGGCAGCCUGCUCUCUGGCUUGAAGACUGUUUCACGCAAAAAGCGAGUCCCAGCCACCUUGGAGGGCUCCAGCUGUCGCCGCCACCUCUCCACUGGGGACCUUGUCGCCUUGGGAUUGGGCAGCACGCUGGGGGCUGGCAUCUACAUCAUGACAGGGCAAGUGGCUAAGAGCAUCUCUGGCCCAAGCAUCGUCCUUUCUUUCCUGAUUGCAGCCUUGGUGUCUGCUCUGGCCGGGCUGUGCUACGCCGAAUUCGGGACCCGCGUGCCCCUGGCCAGGUCCGCCUAUCUCUACAGCUACGUGACAAUGGGCGAGCUGUGGGCCUUCAUCUCUGGGUGGAAUCUGGUGCUGUCCUAUGCCAUCGGUACCAGCAGUGUUGCAAAGGUCUGGAGCGCUAACUUUGACCAUCUCCUCAACGGGCAGAUCUGGAGGAUUUUCGGUGCUGAAACAUCUACGAGUUUUGUGGGGCUCACAGAAUACCUGAAUGUCUUUGCUGCUGUCCUGGUGAUCCUGCUGACAGGGAUUCUUUGCUUUGGAGUGAAAGAGUCCGCCACAGUCAACAAAGUCCUAACAGCUGUCAACUUGCUUGUCCUGCUCUUCGUCACAGUGAGUGGCUUCAUCAAAGGUGACUUGAGCAACUGGCAGCUCAGGGAGGAUGAACUGCCACAGGCAGCUGCCCACGAGACUGGGAACCAGUCCGUGGCCGACGUGACCAGUGCCUUUGGGGUGGGAGGCUUCAUGCCCUAUGGUUUCACUGGGACCUUGGCUGGCGCCUCUAUCUGUUUCUAUGCAUUUAUUGGAUUUAGCAACAUCACUACCACAGGGGCAGACGUGAGGGACCCACAGAGAUCUUUCCCCCUCAGCAUCAUCCUCUCCCUCCUCAUCUGCUUCCUCAUGUACUUUGGGGUGUCUGCUGCCCUCACCCUGAUGAUGCCCUACUACCUUGUGGAGGCCAUGAGCCCACUUCCACUGGCUUUUGAAUACGUUGGCUGGAUCAAUGCACAGUGUGCUGUGGCUGCGGGGUCACUGUGCACCCUGACAAGCAGCCUCCUGGGUUCCUUGUUCCGCAUACCAUGGAUCCUGUAUUCAAUGGCUCAAGACGGACUUUUCUUCAAACCUCUGGCCAAAGUUAAUAGCCGUCAGUGCCCAGUGGUGGCAACGUUGGUGUCUGGAGGAAUUGCAGCUCUCCUGGCCCUUCUCUUUGACUUGAAAGUCCUGAUUGACAUUAUGUGCAUUGCCACGCUGAUGACCUACUCGCUGGUGGCUGUCUGCGUGCUGCUGCUCAGAUAUCGGCCCCCCAGCACUCAGGACACUGGUGCAGGGCAGGACCAGGAUGUGCAGAUCUGGUGGCACCGUGUUGUGUGGCCGCCUGUGCAUCCCACCUCAGAGUCCUUCGCUGUGGUGGCCUGGGCUGUGGCAGCCGUAGCCGCCCUGGCCGUCGCCGUGAGCUGUGUGAGCAUCGCUGGGCUGCCCUGCCUCCAGGCUGGGGGUGCUUGGUGCGUCGCUGCUCUGGCUCUGCCUCUCCUGGGGAUCGUGGUGGCAGCUCUGCUCAUCUGGAGGCAACCUCAGAGCCAGGAGAGAGCAUCCUUCAUGGUUCCCUGCCUGCCCUUCCUGCCGCUCCUCAGCAUCACCAUCAACUGUGUCCUGAUGGCCUGGCUCCGUGCGGGCGCCUGGAUGUGGUACCUGAUCUGGAUGGCCAUCGGUUUCCUGAUUUACUUUGGCUACGGGAUCCGGCACAGCACCGAGAACCACCAGCCAGAAGGGGCAGAACACCAGGAGCUGUGAACAAGCACGGCCGAGGUGCCCCCAGGGCACUGAGGGACUGUGCGGUGCCCGUCUGCUCCAGGGCAAUAAAGGAGAGAGGCUGGUCCCCGAGUGCCCGGCUCCCUCCAGCCUGUGCCUGCGGGGCAAAGAGGCCCCCGGGGCUGAAGGUCCCAUCCCACGGAGGGGCACAGCCCUCACACAAGUCUGGGAGCUGUUCUCUCUGGAGUCUGGGGAACCUCCCUGAGCAACGUGAAUCCUCGUGGCAAGCCCCCGCUGAAAGACUGUUGUUUGGAGAGGAUAAAGCAGACAAAUGGUUUUGCCGCUGUUA